GUGAAAGUACAGAUGUGCCUCUUGGAGUCGCCAAUAUGGAGCUGAUGAGUUGGUCUUGAUAGUUGUCUUUUGCUUUUUGCUUGGAAAAGGAUGUUGUAGAGUUAUUUAUCAUGGCGGGGUUGGAAGAAUUGAAGAAGAAGCUCGCUCCAUUGUUUGAUGCUGAAAAGGGUUUCUCCUCUGGGUCAACCUUGGACCCUUGUGAUUCUUAUACGCUAUCGGACAACCGGACUGUCAACUUAUUAAGCAGAUCUUAUGGGGUAUACAACAUUAAUGAGCUCGGGUUGCAAAAGUGUACCUCAUGGCCAACAGAUGACUUAGACCAUGGGGAGAAGACAUAUAAAUGUGCAUCUCAUGAGAUGAGGAUAUUUGGAGCCAUAGGUACUGGUGCAAGCAGUGUUGUCCAGAGAGCUAUUCAUAUACCUACUCAUCGAAUCCUUGCCUUGAAUAAAAUUAAUAUUUUUGAGAAGGAGAAAAGGGAACAACUGCUCACUGAGAUCCGCACGUUGUGUGAGGCACCUUGUUAUCAGGGUCUAGUGGAAUUCCAUGGAGCAUUUUAUACUCCUGACUCAGGGCAAAUAAGCAUAGCUUUGGAGUACAUGGAUGGAGGGUCCUUGGCAGAUGUAAUGUGAGUGCGGAAAUGUAUACCAGAACCAGUCCUUUCAUCAAUGUUUCAAAAGCUCUUGCAUAUAAGGACCUACUUGCAUGGAGUUCGACAUUUGGUUCACAGAGACAUAAAGCCUGCGAAUUUGCUUGUAAAUCUCAAAGGGGAGCCAAAGAUAACAGAUUUUGGUAUUAGUGCUGGCUUAGAGAACUUGAUGGCAAUGGUUAGUAACUGCACUACUUUUGUUGGAACUGUCACAUACAUGUCACCCGAGCGAAUUCGAAAUGAAAGCUAUUCUUACCCAGCUGAUAUUUGGAGCCUUGGUCUUGCUCUCUUUGAGUGUGGGACCCGAGAAUUUCCAUAUUCUGCCAACGAAGGACCCGUAAAUCUUAUGCUGCAGAUUUUGGAUGAUCCAUCACCAUCGCCCCCAAAUCAUGUUUUUUCACCUGAUUUCUGCUCAUUUAUUGAUGCUUGCCUGAAGAAGGAUGCAGAUUCAAGGCCAACGGCUGAGCAGCUGCUUUCACAGCCAUUUAUCACAAAAUACGAGGAUGCAAGGGUGGACUUAGGAGCAUUUGUCCAGAGCGUUUUUGAUCCAACUCAGCGUAUGAAGGAUUUGGCCGAUAUGCUGACAAUACACUAUUACUUACUCUUUGAUGGACUUGAUGAACUUUGGCAACACACAAGGACAUUUUAUAAUGAACGCUCAACUUUCAGUUUCUCAGGCAAAGAUUAUGUUGGUCCAAAUGACAUAUUUGCCUCGUCGUCAAAUAAUCGGAGUACAUUAGCAGGUGAAUGGCCUCCCGAAAAGCUUGUGCAUCUUGUGGAAAAAGUUCAGUACCGCGUUCAUGGAAGAGACGGUGCUGCCAUUCGUGUAUCCGGUUCCUUUAUUGUUGGUAAUCAAUUCCUUGUAUGUGGAGAUGGUGUACAAGCAGAGGGAUUGCCAAAUUUUAAAGAUCUUUCGAUUGAUAUGUCGAGGAGGCAAAUGGGAACAUUCCAGGAGCAGUUUAUCAUGGAACCGGGAAAUGUUAUUGGUCGCUACUUAAUAGCUGGACAAGAGCUUUAUAUUAUGCAGUAGGAAUUGAUAGUGACUGUUGUCCCACCAAGGUUUGUAUAAUCUUACAAUCGUUCACAAGUUUGUAUGACUCGUCAAGGUACUGUU